ACUACCAUCAUACGACACACAAACACAUACGCAAAGACUAUCACAUCUUCGAUCGCAAUGGCGCACUUCCAGGAGGUGGACUACUGCUCGGAGGAGAUGAGGUCGGUGGCCAACCCGGGCCGCGGCGGCGGCAUGCAGCAGCACAUCGAGAAGAAGACUUUGGUGCAGGAGGUUGACAAGGCCGGCCGGCACGGGCACCACGGCCGCGGCUCCGGCCACUUGAACGUGCGCGAGAGCAAGCUCGAGGAAGACCUCAACACCCGCACCGGCGAGUUCCACGAGCGUAAGGAGAACUUCGUCGUCAGGGCCGACUAA